GGCUAGCAUUGCCUGGACCUGGUCUCGUACACACCUAUCUUCACUAGCUCCUCACCGACCUAGAUCAGAUCAGAUGGAGAACUUGGGAAGGCAAGCGGGUGUUUAAGGCCCCCCCGAACCUAGCUCCAGCUUGAAAAUGUGGAACGGAGGCCCGCGUAGAACUUUGCUGCAGGACCGGUCACCGCCGCGGGAACUGCAGAUCGACGCCUACAAAUUCAUACCGCUCCCGGCCUCGUUUGGUCAAAUUGCUGUUCAGGGCGGCCACGAGUUCACCAUGGGUUGCGCAGUCCGUGUUCUCAUCAACCUGUGUUGGCUAUUCCACUUGGAGCCACCACUGACCCUCAAGAUAGCAGAUCUGCGAAACUCUAUGCGACUAGGUUUACAGAUGCUGAAUCGGGCUUGUUUGAGAAGAACGGGCUAGUGCUCAAGCAAAGGUGAAACGUUCACCGCUAGUCGUUCAAGCCAGCAUACAAUGACC